GCAACAAAGUUUUGGGCAAUGAUGCUAUGAAACAGAGAAAGAUUUGAAAUACUUUCAAACAUUCAAAGGUAAAUUUCAGAAGAGACCUACACUGGACAGAAUGUUCGCUUCGACGUCACAAAGAAAUGAUGAUGGUUUGCGGGCGUCUUACAAUAUCUCGUUACUUAUAGCAAAAUCCGGAAAACCGGAUACUAUCGGAGAGAAGUUAAUUUUGCCAGCCAUUGAAGAGGUUUUAAAAACUGUUUUACACAAACCUGCAUCUGCUAUCAUUAAAAGAAUUCCCUUAAGCAACAAUACUAGUAUUGAUGAAAUGAGUUCUGAUAUUGAAAGCUUCUUAUGUAAUUAUUUGCAAACGACCCAUUUCUCUAUACAACUGGACGAGUCAACUUUACCUGAUAAUGCAGCAUUAUUAUUGGCAUAUGUUCGUUUUAUUAUGAAUCAAGAAAUCUACGAAGAACUGCUCUUCGCAAGAACUUUGAUAACCAACACUAAAGGUGGAUCAAUAUUUCAUGUUUUGAAGGAUUACUUCAUUGAAAAAGCAAUUCCUUUAUCAAAUAUAAUAUCAGUAGCAACAGAUGGAGCACCUGCCAUGGUUGGACGUUAUCGUGGAUUUAUAAGCUAUUUAAAACAAAAUGUGUCAGGGGUGUUAGCAAUACAUUGCGUCAUCCAUCGACAACAUUUAGUUGCUAAAAAUUUGAGUGUUAGAUUGCAUGACUCACUUUAUUUAGUCAUUGAUGCAGUAAACCGAAUCCGAAACAACGCGUUGAAUACGCGGUUAUUUGCACAGUUGUGUGAAGAAAAUGACGAACACUUUCAUCAAUUACUCCUUCACACUGAAGUACGCUGGCUGUCGAAAGGCUUAUGUUUGACAAGAUUGUUUGCACUUUUUGAGACUAUUUUAGAAUUUCUAGAUACUAAAGAUAAAAUUUUAAAAGAAAAUUUAAUGAAGAGGAAAACAGACAUCGCCUAUUUAACAGAUUUGUUUACAAAAUUUAAUAUGGUUAAUUUGCAAUUACAAGGAGACAGUUUAAAUUUGAUUAAAACAAAGUCCAUCUUAUGA